AGCAUCAAUCUAGGCCUUGCCGAAAACUGGCUGAUCCAAGACGAACUGGCCGCGUAUCUGAAGGAAAACUUCACCAUUGAUCCUCUUUACCACCUAACCUACGGACAAGGAGCAGCGGCCUCCCCCAAGCUUCGUGAGGCUCUUGCUACGUACUUCAAUGAAUACUUCGAUCCAUUUACCCCCGUAAACAAGGGCGAGAUCAUUGUUGCUUCUGGUGUGACAUCAUUGAUCGAUUCUAUAGCCUGGAAUACCUGCAGCGAUAAUGAAGGUAUCAUUAUUCCUCAGCCAUUAUACAAUGGGUUUCCGACAGAUAUACACUUCCGUGGUCACGCCAAGUUCAUAAACGCCUCUUUUGUUUGGGCAGACCGUGGAUAUUCCUUGGACGACGUCUUUGAUCCAGUCAUGAUUAGAAAGUCGUUGGACAGGGCCUGGGCGGACCAUCAAAAGCAAAACAUAACCAUGCGUGCUGUUAUGAUUGCCAAUCCGCAUAACCCUCUAGGACGCUGCUACUCCGAGGAAGCAUUGAAGGCAAUUGCCAGCUUCUGCGGUGAGCACAAAAUCCACUUCAUUUCAGACGAAAUAUACGCCAACUCCGUGUUUGAAAACAAGAACGCGACGAACGCCACUACAUUUACUUCGGUGCUUUCACUGAAUCUGAACAGUACCAUAGACCCCGAUCUUGUUCACGUCAUGUAUGGAAUGAGCAAGGAUUUCGGGGCAAGUGGCCUUCGACUCGGUGCGCUACAUUCGCGAAAUGAAGAGAUGAUCAAGGCAGCUUUUGGUGUCAAUCUAUUCUCGUGGCCGUCCUAUCUUGCCCAGGACAUGUGGGCUCGCCUUCUUGAAGACAAGACAGCCACCAAGGACUUCCUGAAAAAGAACAGUGAUCGCCUUGCAACCAGUUACGAACAUGUCACUAAGUGGCUGGACGACUUGAAGAUUGAGUAUUAUCAUGGAGGAAAUGCCGGACUCUUUAUCUGGGUUCGGAUCCUUCGCGAAGAGAGCACUGUCACACCGGCGCAGCUCAUAGACGAAUGUCGCAAGCGAGGUGUUAAUAUUGGGGACGGGCAGAACUUCCUGCCUGAAGGAAGCACUGGAUGGUUCCGUAUCACGUUUUCGUAUCCCCGUUCCAUGUUAGAACUCGGGCUCAGGCGGUUGGAGGAGACUCUCGCUGCGCUAAACUUGGUUUAA